AUGGGCGACAUGGCCAACAGUUCCAUCGAGUUUCACCCCAAGCCCCAGCAGCAGCGGGAGGCCCCCCAUGCGGGCGGCUUUGGGUGCACACUGGCUGAGUUGCGUUCCCUCAUGGAGCUCCGAGGGGCUGAGGCGCUGCAGAAGGUCCAGGAAGCCUACGGGGACGUCAGUGGGCUUUGCAGGAGGCUGAAGACCUCGCCCACAGAGGGCCUGGCCAACAAUGCCAAUGACUUGGAGAAGCGCAGGCAGAUCUAUGGGCAGAACUUCAUCCCUCCCAAGCAGCCCAAGACCUUCCUGCAACUGGUGUGGGAGGCCCUGCAGGAUGUGACGCUAAUCAUCCUGGAGGUAGCUGCCAUCGUCUCCCUGGGCCUUUCAUUCUAUGCACCGCCCGGAGAGGAGAGCGAAGCAUGCGGGAACGUGUCAGCUGGGGCAGAAGACGAAGGGGAGGCCGAGGCAGGCUGGAUCGAGGGAGCCGCCAUCCUGUUGUCGGUCACCUGCGUGGUGCUGGUCACGGCCUUCAAUGACUGGAGCAAGGAGAGGCAGUUCCGGGGCCUGCAGAGCCGCAUCGAACAGGAACAGAGGUUCUCCGUCAUCCGGGACGGCCAGCUGCUGCAGGUUCCGGUGGCCGCACUGGUGGUGGGCGACAUCGCACAGGUCAAGUAUGGAGACCUGCUACCUGCUGAUGGCGUGCUCAUCCAAGGCAAUGACCUCAAGAUCGAUGAGAGCUCCCUGACAGGCGAGUCGGACCACGUGCGCAAAUCAGCUGACAAAGACCCCAUGCUGCUCUCAGGUACCCAUGUCAUGGAAGGUUCUGGAAGAAUGGUGGUGACUGCUGUUGGUGUCAACUCCCAGACAGGAAUCAUCUUUACCUUGCUUGGAGCUGGUGGGGAGGAAGAGGAGAAGAAGGAUAAGAAAGGUAAGGAAAUAGUGACCUCCAGCAAGCAGCAGGAUGGGGCGAUGGAGAGUAGCCAGACCAAAGCCAAGAAGCAGGACGGGGCAGUUGCCAUGGAAAUGCAGCCCCUGAAGAGUGCAGAGGGUGGGGAGACUGAGGAACGGGAGAAGAAGAAAGCCAGCGUGCCCAAGAAGGAGAAGUCGGUCCUGCAGGGCAAGCUCACCAAACUGGCCGUGCAGAUCGGGAAAGCAGGGCUGGUGAUGUCUGCCAUCACCGUCAUCAUCCUGGUCCUCUACUUUGUGAUUGAGACCUUCGUCGUGGACGGCCGGGUGUGGCUGGCAGAGUGCACGCCCGUCUACGUGCAGUACUUUGUGAAGUUCUUCAUCAUCGGUGUCACUGUACUGGUUGUGGCCGUCCCGGAGGGCCUGCCUCUUGCCGUCACCAUCUCCUUAGCCUACUCUGUCAAGAAAAUGAUGAGGGACAACAACCUGGUCCGCCACCUGGAUGCCUGCGAGACCAUGGGCAAUGCCACAGCCAUCUGCUCAGACAAGACGGGCACGCUCACCACCAACCGUAUGACCGUGGUCCAGUCCUACCUCGGGGACACCCACUACAAAGAGGUUCCGGCCCCCAGCACCCUGACCCCCAAGAUCCUCGACCUCCUGGUCCACGCCAUCUCCAUCAACAGUGCCUACACCACCAAAAUACUACCUCCAGAGAAGGAAGGCGCUCUCCCACGCCAAGUGGGCAACAAGACGGAGUGUGCUCUGCUGGGCUUUGUCCUGGACCUGAAGCGGGACUUCCAGCCUGUGCGGGAGCAGAUUCCGGAAGAUAAGCUUCACAAAGUGUACACCUUCAACUCGGUCCGCAAGUCCAUGAGCACAGUCAUCCGCAUGCCUGACGGCGGCUUCCGCCUCUUCAGCAAGGGCGCCUCGGAGAUCCUGCUGAAAAAGUGCACCAACAUCUUAAACAGCAACGGGGAGCCGCGCGGCUUCCGCCCUCGGGACCGGGACGACAUGGUGAAGAAGAUCAUUGAGCCCAUGGCUUGCGAUGGCCUCCGCACCAUAUGUAUUGCCUACCGGGACUUUCCCGCAGCUCAGGAGCCCGACUGGGACAAUGAGAACGAGGUCGUGGGCGACCUCACCUGCAUAGCCGUCGUGGGCAUCGAGGACCCCGUGCGGCCCGAGGUUCCUGAAGCUAUCCGCAAAUGCCAGCGUGCCGGCAUCACAGUCCGCAUGGUGACCGGGGACAACAUCAACACGGCCCGGGCCAUCGCGGCCAAGUGUGGCAUCAUCCAGCCCGGGGAGGACUUCUUGUGCCUGGAGGGGAAGGAGUUCAACCGGCGGAUCCGCAACGAGAAAGGCGAGAUAGAACAGGAGCGUCUGGACAAGGUGUGGCCCAAGCUGAGGGUCCUCGCCCGAUCGUCUCCCACCGACAAGCACACUCUGGUCAAAGGGAUCAUCGACAGCAGCACCGGCGAGCAGCGGCAGGUGGUGGCCGUGACCGGGGACGGCACCAACGACGGGCCAGCCCUCAAAAAGGCAGAUGUGGGCUUUGCCAUGGGCAUUGCGGGGACUGAUGUGGCCAAGGAGGCCUCAGACAUCAUCCUGACCGACGACAACUUCACCAGCAUCGUCAAGGCGGUCAUGUGGGGCCGGAACGUCUACGACAGCAUCUCCAAGUUCCUGCAGUUCCAGCUGACAGUCAACGUGGUGGCCGUGAUCGUGGCCUUCACGGGGGCCUGCAUUACUCAGGACUCUCCUCUCAAAGCUGUGCAGAUGUUGUGGGUGAAUUUGAUCAUGGACACAUUUGCCUCUCUGGCCCUGGCGACAGAGCCACCCACUGAGUCACUGCUGCUACGGAAACCAUACGGCCGGGACAAGCCCCUGAUCUCCCGCACCAUGAUGAAGAACAUCCUGGGCCACGCGGUCUACCAGCUCACCAUCAUCUUUACGCUGCUGUUCGUUGGGGAGCUCUUCUUCGACAUCGACAGUGGGAGGAACGCACCCCUGCACUCUCCACCAUCAGAGCACUACACCAUCAUCUUCAACACCUUCGUCAUGAUGCAGCUUUUCAACGAGAUCAACGCCCGCAAGAUUCACGGCGAGCGAAACGUCUUCCACGGCAUCUUCAGCAACCCCAUCUUCUGUACCAUCGUCCUGGGCACCUUUGCAAUUCAGAUUGUCAUCGUCCAGUUUGGCGGAAAGCCCUUCAGCUGCUGCCCCCUGUCCACGGAGCAGUGGCUCUGGUGCCUGUUCGUUGGCGUUGGGGAGCUGGUCUGGGGACAGGUCAUCGCCACCAUCCCCACCAGCCAGCUCAAGUGCCUGAAGGAAGCAGGGCACGGGCCGGGAAAGGAUGAGAUGACCGAUGAGGAACUGGCCGAGGGGGAGGAAGAGAUCGACCAUGCCGAACGGGAGCUCCGCAGAGGCCAGAUCCUCUGGUUCCGGGGCCUCAAUCGGAUUCAGACGCAGAUGGAGGUAGUGAGUACCUUCAAGAGAAGCGGUUCAUUUCAGGGUGCUGUGCGCCGGCGGUCUUCAGUCCUCAGCCAGCUCCAUGACAUCCGGGUGGUGAAAGCGUUCCGUAGCUCGCUCUAUGAAGGCCUGGAGAAACCGGAAUCCAAGACCUCCAUUCAUAACUUCAUGGCGACGCCCGAGUUUCUGAUCAAUGACUACACCCACAACAUCCCACUCAUCGAUGACACGGACGUGGACGAGAACGAGGAGCGCCUGCGGGCCCCCCCGCCCCCGUCCCCCAACCAGAACAACAACGCCAUAGACAGCGGCAUCUACCUGACCACGCACGGCACCAAGUCAGCUACCUCGUCAGUGUUUUCUUCCAGACCUGGGAGCCCGCUCCACAGCAUGGAGACGUCCCUCUAG